UGGCCACGAAAGAAUUUUACACAGAGAGAGAGGGGGGGUCAAUGGUUUCUGUCUCCUUGCUUUAAUGUCCACGAGUCAGUUUCCUUCCUCUCGCAACAGUUACUCUCUUCUUCUUUAAUAUCUUCUUCUUCUUCCUCCUCUUCUCUGUUGUAUAUGAUAAGGUGAAAAAACAAGGAAAGAUCGAGUUUUAGGAAGACGAGCAAGAAUGAACAACCAAGCAAGAACCAGGUGGGUUCUUCCAUACAAAACCCAGAACCUCGAAGACCAUUACAGUCUCGGGCAAGAACUGGGUCAGGGCCAAUUCGGAACCACUUUCCUCUGUACCCAUAUCCAGACCGGUCGAAAACUCGCCUGUAAAUCGAUCCCCAAGCGAAAACUCGUUUGCCAGGAGGAUUACGACGAUGUUCUCAGAGAGAUCCAGAUAAUGCAUCACUUGUCGGAGCAUCCAAACGUUGUCCGAAUCGAGGGCGCCUACGAGGACGGGCAGGCUGUUCAUCUGGUCAUGGAGCUCUGCGAAGGUGGUGAGCUCUUCGACAGGAUCGUGAAGAAGGGCCAUUACAGCGAGAGAGAGGCUGUGAAGCUGAUCAAGACCAUUGUUGGGGUCGUGGAGGCUUGUCACUCUCUGGGUGUUAUGCAUAGAGAUCUAAAGCCAGAGAAUUUCUUGUUCGGUGGUGUUGAUGAUGAUGCUCCUCUUAAAGCCACUGACUUUGGCCUCUCUGUUUUCUAUAAGCCAGGUGAAACAUUCUCAGAAGUUGUUGGUAGUCCUUACUAUGUGGCGCCUGAGGUUUUACGCAAGCAUUACGGCCCCGAAUCCGAUGUAUGGAGUGCUGGAGUUAUCCUUUACAUUCUAUUAAGCGGUGUUCCGCCUUUCUGGGCUGAAAGUGAGAUGGGAAUAUUCAGACAGAUUCUACAGGGGAAGUUGGAUUUCAAAUCAAAUCCGUGGCCUAGCAUUUCGGAUAGUGCCAAGGAUCUUAUACAGAAAAUGCUUGACAGGAACCCAAGAAGAAGGCUGACCGCUCAUCAAGUACUUUGUCACCCGUGGAUUGUAGAUGAUACGGUUGCUCCAGAUAAACCUCUGGAUUGUGCGGUAUUGUCCCGCCUGAAGCAGUUCUCUGCAAUGAACAAGCUUAAGAAGAUGGCCUUGCGGGUAAUAGCAGAGCGACUUUCGGAGGAGGAAAUCAGUGGCCUCAAAGAGCUGUUCAAGAUGAUAGACACUGAUAACAGUGGAACUAUCACAUUUGAUGAACUAAAAGAUGGUCUGAAACGUGUCGGGUCAGAACUCAUGGAAUCGGAGAUCAAAGAACUCAUGCAUGCGGCUGAUAUUGACAACAGUGGAACAAUCGACUAUGGAGAGUUCUUGGCUGCUACCAUUCAUUUGAAUAAGCUGGAGAGAGAGGAGAAUCUAGUGACUGCAUUCUCCUUCUUUGACAAAGAUGGGAGCGGUUAUAUAACCAUCGAUGAGCUUCAACAUGCUUGCAAAGAGUUUGGUCUGAACGAUACCCAUCUCGAGGAAAUUAUCAAAGACAUUGAUCAAGACAAUGACGGGCAAAUCGACUAUGGGGAGUUCGUUGCGAUGAUGAGGAAAGGAAACGGCGGUGGUGGAAUUGGACGAAGAACAAUGAGAAAUACUCUCAACUUGGGAACAGCUUUUAGCUUAACCGUGGGUGAUUCAUCUUCUUAACAUUGUUUACAUGACUUCUUUUUCAAUUUUUUGGUUGGAAUUCUUGCUUGAGAACUUUAGCUACAAACAUAAUACAUGUGACCAAACUUGCUAAUUAUUUGAUUUUACUCA